CCAAAGAGGACCAGGUUCUGGUCAAGGUCGUCGCUGCCGCUCUCAACCCCCGUGGAUUUCAAGCGGAGGCAGGGGAAGUUCCAGGCCACCGAUUCUGCUCUUCCGACUGUUCCAGGGUAUGAUGUUGCCGGAGUGGUGGUGAAAGCUGGAAGCAAAGUGAAGGAGUUCAAAGAAGGAGAUGAGGUUCACGGCGAUAUUCACGAGAAGGCCUUGUAUGGGCCGAAACAGAUUGGUUCCCCAGCGGAAUGCACGACGGUGGAAGAGAAAUUGCUGGCUCUUAAGCCCAAGGGUCUGGAUUUCGCUCAGGCUGAUGCGCUCCCUCUUGCAAUCGAGAAGGCUUAUGAAGGUCUAGAGAGAACUGGGUUCUCUUCUGGGAAAUCGAUUUUGGUCCUCAAUGGCGCUGUGACGCCUCCAGGUUUCAGAUUUGUGGUCGCUUCCAAUGGAGAGGUUAUGAAGAAACUCAACCCUUGUCCGGACAGUGGUAAGGUGAAGGCAGUGAUUGAUCCCAAAGGCAGUAAUCAAUUUUAA